AUGAAUGUCCUUCCAAUUGAAUUGGUAUCCUGCAUAUUUGAUCGUACAAACAAACAAGACCAGCUUGUUUGCCAGUUUGUUUGUCGUUCAUGGCAUGUACCUGCUAAAUGCGCCUUCUACAGCAAGGUCGUCAUUGAGGAGAAACAUGAUGAUCUCAAUUUCCACCACCUGUUUCGAUUCAAAAAGUUCAUUGAAUGCAUCUCAUCUGGUGGCUAUCUGCUGCCUACGCCGGGCCAAUUCAUUCAAUCGCUUGUCAUUCACUAUGAGAUUGCAUUGGAAACAAAAUUCAUGCCAACCAACGCGGAUUUUCAACAUUUGGCAGCCGCCUGUCCAAACCUUCAGGAGUUGCAGUUCCCAUCCAACAUGUUUUGGAACAAUGUCAUGUCGAUCGACAAUCAACAGCACUGGAAACGACUGCGAAAAGUACCACAGUUCAAAGUGAUGGCUGACAAACAGAGCUUGGACAAGUUUCUGUACUUUAAAUCCACCCUGUCGUAUCUGCACAUCACCGAAUGGCAAUCCAGCAAACAGCAUUUCAUCGAUAUGAUCAAAUCAUUUACACAUUUGGAAACAUUAAAGAUAACCACUCAACAUGGUUUCACCAGUUUGUAUGAUAUUAUACCCACACUGAUUGAAUGCCCAAAUAUCAAUCAACUAAUCAUGACAUCAAACACGACAUCUACAGCAACACACAAUACAGCUCUGGUGCCCAAACUGCGACAACUCAAACUGACAUCCAGCUCACUGAAUCCUCAGCUCCUUUAUACCAUCACUCAUCAAUUUCCUCAACUUCAAAAACUAAUGUUACACUUUUCUCAGCCAACAAACGACAUAUUCGGCUGGUCAGACGACUUGCAGAUGGCAAUGGCCCACAUGAUCCGUUUCUUAACUUGCUUGCACCAAGCGCAUAUUGAUUUGUUUGUGCCCAACUAUGCCAUUAUGCACCAGCUAGUCAGGCAGUUCUAUUACGCAAAGACGGGACCCAAGCUCUACAUUAGCUAUGGCAGCUGCUCAUCGUUUACCACGGGUCAACCGGAUCUUGUCUACCACAAGGAAGAAACAACAUCAAAUCAACACGUGGGUAAACUAAGUCUGAGAUAUCAGGGACAUUUGCCUGCUGGUAUGGAAGUGAAUGAUCUGCCGCACAUGGCUCUAUUGCAAGAUGACGGUUAUCUGUUGGAUCAAUUAAGUAUCCAGCUCCCAUCUUCGUUUCUGGGCCACACACAAUCUACGGAAACGAUACUCACAUCCUUCUGCCCCAAUUUAAAGGUGUUCAACCUGGUACAAGGCUGCUUUGAUAUGGAAUCAUCUAUCCAGGACGACACGUUGUUAUCAAACCAUCAGUUGACUUUUGUAUCCAUGGAAAGAUCAUUGCUUACUUCAUCAGCAUCUCUGUACAACUUUUCAAAGCUGUAUGCCACAAGUCUCUACUACUUGAAAAUAGACACAUGCAGCUUUUCAACAGAUCUGGCCAUGAGAGCCAUCGAUACUAUCAACAUGCCAUUCACACAAUUCAAGAAACUGAUCAUUAUACAGGAUUAUGGUGUCACAGAUGCUGUCUUAGUUUCUGUCUCUGAGAAGAAAUCACAGCGUACGACCUUUUACUAUUACAUGAGUCAGACACAGGAACUGGUGCCAAUAGCGCCAAGCGUGUUGCAGGAAUAUCAUUUUGAAAAGCCAGCCAUGUCGUUGGAUAUUGUGUGCUAUUCACUAGAUCAAUUGCAGCUGAAUGCAUGCUAUCAUGUACUUUUGAAAUAA